CUUAAGUGGUGUGAUAAAAAUAAAAAAUCAGUUACUAGAAUAAAUCAUAUAAAUAAGAUAAAAUGAUAUAUUAUAUUUUCAUAUCCCCGCGCCUUCUUGCUGUCUGGCGAAGCGUCCUGUUGACGCCCGACUGAGUCACGGAACAUUACUGCUUACAGCAGCAAAUCAAUGUCACCGGCUCUAUAAAGCUGUUUUCAGAUGUGAUAACCACAAUAUUAAGUCUGUAACAGAUUAACGACAGUAUGCCGCUGGUUCAAUGUGUUAUUUAAAGUAAAGUGCCGCUGGCCGUGUGGACAAAGAAUGCAGACGAUAAAGUGCGUUGUGGUGGGCGACGGAGCGGUAGGCAAGACAUGUCUCCUCAUUUCCUACACCACGAAUGCCUUCCCCGAGGAGUACAUCCCCACCGUGUUCGACAACUAUAGCGCUCAGAUGAGCGUUGACGGGCGCACAGUCAGCCUCAACCUGUGGGACACGGCGGGGCAAGAGGAGUACGACCGCCUGCGCACACUCUCCUACCCGCAAACAAACAUCUUCAUCAUUUGCUACUCGAUCGGAAGCCCGUCCUCGUUCGCCAACGUCCGUCACAAGUGGCACCCGGAGGUGUCUCACCACUGCCCCAGCGUGCCCAUCCUCCUGGUGGGCACCAAGAGGGAUCUACGCUCAGACACGGAAACGGUGAAGAAGCUGAAGGAGCAAGGCAUGGCGCCCACCACUCAGCAGCAGGGUGGCGCGUUGGCCAAGCAGAUCGGUGCAGUCAAGUACAUGGAGUGCUCUGCGCUCCUCCAAGAGGGCGUUCGGGAGGUGUUUGUAGAGGCUGUGCGUGCUGUUCUCUACCCAACCACCAAAAAGAAUGCCAAGAAGUGUGUGCUCCUCUAGUCGCCUGUGCAUCGGGCAAAUGGAUAUGAACUUGACCGCAGUCAAAAACGAGCCGUGCACGUGGUUUCAUCAUGGUGUUUGUAUCCAUCUCUUCUCAUCAAUGCUUUUUUCUUCGCACCUGCAGAAUUUGCUGAUUUGACGCUGCCUCGUUUCUUCAAGUUUCUUCUAAAUCGAUCUUCAUUUUUGCCACUGUUUUAUGAUGAUUUAUAACAGCGUAUAACCAGCACCACUCGACGCAAACGGUUAUUUGUCAGGAGCGGUGUGAUGCCUUUGCUGACCUGACGUCCUAUGCAUUCCAAUUCAGAUGUGCAAUACAAUGAAGACUGGUGUGGCUCACUUAUGCAACCUGUUUGUCUUUAGCCCUCGAUGAAGGGCCACACGUCAGACUUCACUUUAAAGUAAUAUCGUGGAGUACUCCCCAGCAAAAAUUUUGUCCUGCCUUCGAAAUGAAUUUUUAAAUGAGAAAUGUGCAUAUGGUGUUUUAUCUAAAUCUAUUUAGUUUAUUCCAAAGCAAUAUUUGAGUGGGUUGUAAAAUAAGAUUUGUUUGGGUUGCACUGAUGGAUAGGUAAAUAUAACAUGCAAGGGUUGUUUUUCACUCCAAAAUGAAAUAUCUGUUUGUUUUGCAUGAAGAAAAUAUUUUUAUGGACCGGUACGAUGUUUUGCAUUUUCAUUCUGUUAAAUUGUUACGACAAUGAUUCCGUCUGGGAUCCAGUAAAUACAGAAUAGCAAAUAUGUCUGAGAUGUACAAAUACCAUGUUAUAAUGUCAUUGUUUUUUGACAACGUCAUAAUGAGAACGAGAUUUUGCUGUGUUAAAUCUCUUAUUGGUCCAGAAAUAGUGUUCCUCUUGCAAAAUAUAUUUUCUUGUUUCACGUCCCUGUGAUUUGCACUCUGGGACAUUUCUUGAUCAUUUUCGUGACAUCCAUACGUCGUGUGAUGUCAGCGCUGGAUCCUGAGAAUAGUGCCUUAACAGAGGGAUGCCUCCCGAUGCCACCCUAAACAAGAAUCGUGUGAUGUUCUGUUCUCAAGAGAUCAGAUUUGGGCAGCAGCACAUAUUUCCUUGUCUUUAAAUGAGUUUGUCAGUCAGGUUACCCAGCAUGCCUUUCUGACGUUCACCAGCAGGCCUUACCUUAUCUUCCACUAUAUACGCUCCCUCUACGUCUCAUUUUAUAGACCAAGCGGAUGUUGCACUCGCACUGCAUUGUGUGGUGCAAAACCAGUGCAUAGUUUUUUUUUUUUCAAAGACCAAAGGCUGACUGUACGGCAUCCAUUAUAUCCUCCUGUCGCUCUUAAAGAAGCACUCGAGAGAUGGUAAUGCUGCGGUCAACGUAGACAUGUAAUGCUUAAAUCAGAGGUGUUUAUUGAAUUUGAGGUGUUUUAUUAUUAUGAUUGGAAAAUGAUUUGUUUUGUGGCUAAAAUAGGAGGCCAAUUUUUGUCUGUCAUUUGUAAUAUUUUCCAGUAUCAUUAAGAUACGAGCCGGUUUUCCAGUAUUAUCGUAUACAACGUUUCGCUCAUCUCAACCUAAAGUGAAGCAGUUUGUGAAUUGUGGACCGUGAAAUGUUUUACUCGUCUGAACAAAGCCUCGUAAGUGCUGAUGUGAGAUUCACUGUAAUCAUUAAAUGAAGUUGUGGUGAAACAUUUUGCUGAACUGACAUCGAUGCCGAAAACAUUCAUACAGCUGAUGUUUACGUAGAACUGAUCCAGCACACUUUUAAAAUGCUUUACCUUUUACGUUUAAGCUUUUGUUGUUCGUUUGAGUGCCAAAUAUGGCCUGAAAGUGCCUUCGGAUACAAAGAUUUAUUGUGGGAUAACUGGACGCGUGUAUGUUAAACUGAUACCAAACUGUGUGUGAAACCAGGAAAGCGUCUCAACUAACCAUUCCUUGUUUAGAGUUCAGUCCGCAUGAAUACUGUGUUGCUACAAUGAAAUUUGUGAGUGACUGAAAUUUGUCAUGGUAAGGUGUGAAUGCACGAGUGAUCGUUACUGUUGGCUGGUUGUGAGUUGGUUCUGUUUCAUCCAUGCAAUGUAACUUCAGCGUCAUGCUGCAUACUGUCUGUGUGCCUGUGGUAUGUGGUACUACAUUUAUACACUGGGAACUUGAUUUGAUCAAAAUGCCUUUUUAUAACCAAAAGAUAUUGUAUAAAUGAACUAACCGUGAAAUUAUUUAAAAUGAUCCUGAAUAAAUUUUCACAUUGAC